GUGUUUCUUGACAAUCCUUAUUCAUUUUCUUCUCUCGACAAGAAGUUGAAGGAAUGUUUGGGCCAUUUGGGAAGAGAUUAUUUCCUAGCAGAAAAGAGUGGGCUAGCCCAAUCCAUAAGUGGGCUUGGCAACCCAAUUUUGCAUUCCCAGUUUCGCAAUGAAAGAAAGGGGAAAGGGUAAAGCAAUAAAUAGGUGAAUGGUGAGCGUCACCAACCAAAGUUCUCUCUCCCAAUGUCUUGGUCGUCGACGCAGGAGGCAGUAGUAGCAGAUUGUGAAGAAGAACGAAACUGGCUGGACCUUCCGCGAGACGUGGUGUGCACGAUUUUCCAGAAGCUGGGCGCAAUCGAAAUCCUGACGCGCGCCCAGCGCGUGUGCUCCGUGUGGCGCGGCAUCUCGAAGGAGCCUCUCCUGUGGCGCACCAUCGACAUGCGCAAUUCGGGCGACAUUGAAACCAACUUCGUGUUCUUGGCCAUGUGCCACCGCGCAAUUGACUACAGCUCCGGCCACUUGCUCCAUAUCAACAUCGAGUAUUUCGCCACCGAUGAUCUCCUCCGCCACAUCACCCAUUCUACAAGUAAUCUACGAAGCCUACGUCUUGCAUGUUGCUACCAAAUUUCAGAUGAAGGAUUGUGUGAAAUUGCAAAAGAGCUUCCUCAGCUGGAGGAGCUUGAUAUAUCAAUCAGCAGCUUUAACCCAACUAGGGACCCUCUAGAAGCUGUUGGCCGGUGUUGCCGACACUUAAAAACAUUGAAAUUCAACAUGAAAGGUUACAGACGUCCGCACAUUGAGUGUGAUGAGGAGGCUUUUGCUAUUGCAGAGACCAUGCCCACAUUACACCAUCUCCAGCUUUUUGGAAACAAACUUACUAAUGAAGGCCUGCUUGCUAUUCUUGAUGGCUGUCCUCACCUUGAAUCUCUUGACUUACGACAGUGUUUCAAUGUUAACUUGGCAGGAAGUUUGGGGAAAAGAUGUGCUGAACAGAUCAAAGAAUUACGGCUUCCAUGUGAUCCCACUGAUGACUGCCCAUUUGAAGCUGAUGUUGAUUAUGGAUCACUUGAUGAAGACUCAUCUGCGAUUUCUGACAUAGAUUUCUUGUCUGAUGAUGAUUAUGACUAUUAUGAAUUCUCUGGAGGGAGCGACUUUUCUGACUAUGAUUUUGAUUCUGAUCCUGAUUAUUAUGGCCUUUGACAAAUUUAGACAUUUCAGCAUGAGGAAAACUGGUGCUGUGAAUAUAUUUCAGUUACUCUUUAUUACCUCCUCUCUCUAGCAUUUCCAAUCAAAAGAAAGCCAGGAAACACACUGCAAUGGAUUUCAGUAAAGUAUCCUUGAUCUUCUAAAGAUACUCAAUGUAGUAAUGCUGUUUCAACGAAAUUGGUAGGUGAGACUGCAUGAUCAUCUUUUACAUGGGUGGAUAGCUGAUAAUCAUCUGGAACCUUUGUGAAGAGAAUUCACUUUUUGCAACUUGUAUUUUUAUCUGAUACAUGUAAGAAGCUAUAUUUGGUUGUCUUCUGUUAAAAGUCGAUGACCCUGAACCUUGUUGUGUAGUUUUUUCUUUUGAAAUCCAAAGGUAUGAAGGUAAUAGUUAUCAAAUUAGAGUAAAUGUUAAAUUUUGUGGUUCAGUAAAUGUGAAAAAUACAACUAUUUAGAUUGAUUCC